AUGAUCCGUUCAACGCAAAUAGCAAGGCUCGACGGCCUGAUGCUCUGCGCCUCCGUCGACGACGAGCAACAAGAAGCCGCCCUCUCCGAGGUCAAGUCGCAAAUCAAACAGGUCCUCCGCAAGCUCACGCGCAACUCGGAACCGCAAGCCAGCAUCGAAAGCGGCGCCUACAACAUCAACUACCUCAUCGACUCGGACAUCACCUUCAUCUGCAUCACGGAACGCUCCUACCCGCGCAAGCUCGCCUUCACCUACCUCUCCGACCUCGCCCGCGAGUUCACGACGACCUACCCGCCCGCCCAACUCCACUCCCCGUCCCUGCGGCCCUACGCCUUCAUGGAGUUCGACACCUUCAUCUCCCGCACAAAGGCCACCUACUCGGACGCCCGCGCCGCCCAGAACCUCGACAAGCUCAACGACGAGCUCCGCGACGUCACCAAGGUCAUGACCAAGAACAUUGAGGACCUGCUCUACCGCGGCGACUCGCUCGAGCGCAUGGGCGAGCUCAGCUCCCGCCUGCGCGACGACAGCAAGAAGUACAGGCGCGCCGCCGUCCGCAUCAACUGGGAGCUGCUGCUGAAGCAGUACGGCCCCCUCGGUGCCCUGGCCUUCAUCGUCAUCGUCUUCUUCUGGUGGCGUUUCUUCUAA